AUGGGUAGAAAAGGAAAAGAACUCAGUAGUGAGGUGAAAGAAGUCGCCAAGAAAUUACUUGAUAAGGGAAAAACUGUCAGGUAUGUGGCAGAUGUUCUCGGUGUAUCCCACUCCACCAUUGGAUCACUGAAAAAACGUUUUGAAGAGAGAGGUUCAGUGGAAAACAUCCCGCGAAGUGGUCGACAGCCUACUGUGACAGAACGUGACUAUAGAUGCUUAGAAAGGUUAGUUAAAGUUAACAGGAGGGACAGUCUAACAGAAAUCACAAAUAAAUUUAAUGAAAACAGGAAUAUUCCCGUAUCUAAGCGUACAUUACAACUUCAUUUACAUAAACAUGGAUUUACAAGACGUGUAUCAAAGAAGAAACUAGUGAUAAGGGAGAUAAAUCGAAGAAAGAGGUUGUAA